AUAUAACAUCCAUUGGCAGUGACUAAAAUUCUUUUAAAUUGAGGUGUCUGAAGGUGAUCAGGUCUCCAAAGAUGGUAUAUUCACCUGGAUUGAAAAUUGAUAGGUGGAUAGGUUGCUGUUGAACCUCAUGUCGAUAUGCGAGUAGACGAUUCUGUCAUUUCCUGACUUUCAUUUCUCAUGUAUUUCUCCUGCAAAUGUACAAAUAAGCGAUGAACUCUUUUUGUACUUCAGUUUGAAACCUGAUUUUGUUUUAUAUACGGCCUUAUAUCUCAGCUUAUUGUUAACUCUUGUACAAAUUUUUAUAUUAAUGAAUGGCACUCAAGGGAGAGAAAAGAACUGGAAUGGCUUAUACAUUGAGAUAAUACAACACAUUUGCGACAAGCACCAAACUAUCUUUGUUGAUUCACUAUAAAGUGAAUCACUUUAUACUGCCAUUAAUCACUUUUUAACAAACACAUAUAUUCUACAGAUUGCUGCAACACAUUUCUAACAUGGUUUGGUUUGUGACAAGUUCAGAUAUAUGUAUAUACAUUUAAUGUAAACUUUGCUAAAUGUUCUUCUUCAUAUAUCUUAAUAUAACAGGACUUCUAGCAUCUCCCCAAUCUGCACCAGGUAUCUUGGAGACUAAGAGCAUUGAAAAAACAAUGGGUAAUAGUGCAAGUAGAGAAAACAGCACAGUGGACUUCAGCAAGUCUGAGUCCUGGCACUGUAAUUGUGUCACGCUUGGUAUGAGACUCAGGAGGUCAACAAAGGUGGACAUGAAUUUCAUGAAAAAGAUUCCACCUGGUGCUGAGGCUUCCAAUGUCUUGGUGGGAGAAGUGAACUUCCUUGAGAGACCCAUCAUUGCCUUUGUUCGUCUGUCUCCUGCUAUUCUUCUUACAGGACUUACAGAAGUUCCAAUUCCAACCAGGUUUUUGUUUCUUAUGUUGGGACCAUCUGGUAAAGCACAGCAGUACCAUGAAAUUGGUAGAUCAAUAGCUACCUUAAUGACAGAUGAGAUUUUCCAUGAUGUUGCUUAUAAAGCAAAAGAUCGAACAGACUUGCUGGCAGGAAUAGAUGAAUUUUUAGAUCAAGUUACUGUUCUUCCACCCGGAGAGUGGGAUCCUUCAAUCCGAAUUGAACCACCAAAAAAUGUUCCUUCACAGGAAAAACGGAAGUGCCCUCCUCCUCUUCCAAAUGGUCCACCAAUCACCAAUGGAACUACAAAUCAUGAAGAACAUCACACUGGACCAGAACUUGAGCGCACUGGAAGGCUCUUUGGUGGCUUAAUCCGUGACAUCAAAAGAAAAUCACCAUUCUACUUGAGUGACUUCAAAGACGCGUUUAGCCUGCAGUGCUUGGCAUCUAUUCUUUUCCUUUACUGUGCCUGUAUGUCUCCUGUCAUCACAUUUGGAGGGUUACUGGGGGAAGCUACUGAAAACAAUAUAAGUGCAAUAGAAUCUCUCUUCGGGGCUUCAAUGACAGGAAUUGUGUAUUCCUUAUUUUCUGGACAGCCGCUUACAAUUUUGGGAAGUACAGGACCUGUAUUGGUGUUUGAAAAAAUAUUAUUCAAGUUAUGCAAGGAAUACGAGCUUUCGUAUCUCUCGCUUCGUGCCAGUAUUGGACUGUGGACUGCAUUGCUUUGCAUAAUGUUGGUUGCCACUGAUGCAAGUAGCCUGGUUUGCUACAUAACACGAUUCACAGAGGAGGCCUUUGCUGCUCUUAUUUGCAUUAUAUUCAUCUAUGAAGCACUGGAAAAGCUCUUUACUUUGGGAAAGAAGUUUCCAUUUAAUAUGCAGAAUAAUCCGGAAAUGCUUACUCAAUACUCGUGUGCCUGUGUUGAACCAUUUAAUCCUUCUAAUAAAACCCUUGAUAACUGGAAUCGAGAAAAUACAUCUGCAGAUAAUAUUUCAUGGAGGAAUCUUACAGUUUCAAACUGUCGAAGAUACGGUGGAGUGUUUGUUGGACCAGCGUGUGGACAAAAUGGGCCUUAUGUGCCUGAUGUCCUCUUCUGGUCAAUUAUCUUAUUCUUUGCAACGUUUUUUCUCUGCUCCUUCCUGAAACAAUUCAAAACCAAACGUUAUUUCCCAACAAAGGUGAGAGCCAUUAUCAGUGAUUUCGCUGUGUUUCUUACCAUACUAAUUAUGGUAUUGAUUGACUUCCUUGUCGGAGUUCCUUCGCCAAAGCUUGAAGUACCUGACAAGUUUGAGGUAAGAGUUUCUUUAACAAUCUCCCUUAACAUGCUAGUUUUUUUAAAGCCAUGCUUUAUUUUAUAUAUUUAUCAUAGUGGGGAAGCUCAAAGAAUGCUUGAAGUUGCAGAAAGUGGAACAGUACAACUUCCCUUAGAGGGUGGAAACAUUCUGAAGAUUCCAGUGAAAAGUAUUAAGUACAGCCCAGACGAUCCUUCUGUCGUAAACAUAUCUGAUGAAAUGGCCAAAACUGCUGUGUGGAAGGCUCUUGCUGUAAAUGCUGAGAAUGCAAAAGUUGUAAAACUUGAAGCAAGUCCCGAAUGUACUACAGAUAUCAAAGUAAAUAUUGAAGAGGUGCCUCCAAGAAAUGUCCUUGAUGCUGAAACAUCUGUAUGAAACAAGCUACAUCCUGAUUAAUCUGGAAAAACUUCUUUUUAUUAAAUCUACUACGUGAGCCACAGCCAAACCUCUGGAUCCUUUGCAGGAAGUGUGUUGGACCUAAUCAGUGUCUCAGUCAGAGUGAAAUUCUUCUGACCAAGGUUGUUUUACCCUUGUACUAUUCUGUCAACUGCAUUGCUAGCUACUGUUUAAAUCUUUACUUACAGGUUCAAUUAAAAUUUUUGGCGUAAGGUUAUGAAAAGUGAACAAGCAAUAAUCUAUUAGAGAAGUUUUUUUUUAAAAUUAAAAAUCUGCUUACCAACAUUUGAUUUACUUCGUGAUGAUGGCAGAUGAUGUACUAUUUAAAGAAUUGAAAAUAGUACAUGAUGAAUGCAAGUAUACAGUCGAUACAAAAAGGUGUAAAUAUAUUGCUUAUUGACAUUCACGCUCCAAUGUUAUAAGUAAUAGGUAAGAUCUUCAACCAAAUGCUCAAAUCUGUCUUUAUUUGUCAUUGAUCCUUCAGAAUUUUGUUGCUACUGGAUAACAAUGAGCCAGCAGGCGAUAACCAGUGUUGUGAUAACAUGUGAUAGAAGAACAGAUGUGUAAAUUGGUAUAAUGUAUCUGAAGGGUGUGCAUCUAUUUACUAUACUGGUUGGUUGCUAUCCUUUUUAUUUACAAAUUGGUGCACUGGUUUUGCAAUACUGAUUUGAGACUCUCUGCAUCUGAACUGUUUACAUGUAACUUUAUUCAACAUGGCAUACUGUAGGCUUUAUUUAGCAUUGCAGUGUUAUAUGUUUUAUUUAUUUAUACUUAGACUCAAAUUUAUCGAGAAAUUUUCACACUAUAUGGAAUACAAAGAAGAUUUGGCUAAUUUUAUAAAGAUUGUUCUAGUAUUUUUGUUUUGUACUUUAGAAAUGUAGAGUAACCAUUUUCUAUGGGCAGUACUGUAGUUAUAGUAUUAGAUCAAUAAUUCUAGAGCCAUCUCAGGAAAUCAGAAUCUUCCCACUGGUCCAUAUUGCCAUGCCUUUGACACAGUUUGUGACAUUGUUUUGUCUUCCGGAUCAGAUGAAACUUCUAAAAAUAUUUCUUUAGACCAGCUGUUUUUUUUCCCCCAAGUGAGGCAAGUUCAUUUAUCUUCAGUCAAAAACAACAUGCCGGUGCAACACACAGAAUUGUAUUCUUCAUUUGCAUUCAAUCAUUGCAAAAUAAUAGCCAAACAGCCAAAAUGCAGAAAUGGUUAUGUUGUGAAACAUUUUGGUUUGUAUCCCAAUACUGAUUAUAUAGUUAAACAUAUGGCAAAUUCUGCGGAUAUUUUCAGCAGUCAACCAAUUUUCUGCUAUUUUAUUAAAUGUACAGAUUGUAAUCACUGUAACUGAAUAAUUGAGUUUGCAUAAUAUAAGGGAUGUGAAUUAUAGAAACUUAUUUUAAUCGCGUGUCAGUUGGUGAACUGAAGUUUUCUAUUUAAUUUUUUAGGUUACUCUAAAGAAUAGUAUUGUGUUGAUACUGUUGAUCGUUAGAUGCUAAAUACAGUAUAAGAUUUUAACAGUUUGAAAAACUGGUUUCUGACAGGGACAGUUUUGUCCCUUCUGUUUUUUUUUAAAUCUGCGGUUGAUGGUAAUUUUAUGUCUUCCUGUGUUCUGCUUAUUUAAUCACAGAACAAAUACAAUCCCUAGUAUUCAUCAAUUUUCAUAAAAUUGUCUAAGUUCAGAAAAUUAUGGUUAAAGUUUUUAUGACUAUUUCUAAGUACAGUAGUGAUUUCAUUUAUUUUUGUAAGGACACACAAAGCAAUGUAAAAAUGUUACAGUAGUCCAUGUCUUAGUUUAAAUGAUAUGUGUAUAACCCAGAUUUUGUUUUCUUUAAGGACAAUGUCCUGCCUUUAGUUGAAUAUUAGAGGAGAACAACUAUUUUUUGUAAUGUCAUAUGUUAAUAAAAGCAAUAAAGUCUUUUAUUGUAUCAAA